AUGCGCGGCUCCGCCGGCCUCCAGGCGAGCUUCAUGGCCAGCCUCCUGGCGGCCGGUGACGACCCUGACGACCCGGGGUCGCCCCACUGCUCACCACCAGUUCCGCAGCCGAGCGGCGACAGGACGGCCGCUCGGUCGCCUCCUGGCUCGCCGAUCCCGGCCAGGCAGGCCACCCCGGCGGCUGCCGCCGUGCAUCACGUCGACUACAGUCAGCCGAUCGACUUUAGCCGGUCGGGUCCCGGGGAGGGCUCCUCCAGCCAGGGUCCCCCGCCCGCCAAGCCGUCGGUCUCGGAGCUGAAGCCCGCAUCAAAGGUGAGCAUGGGCGAUAGGGAACGCGCAACAAAUUGGCUGCGGAUGUUCGACUUGGGAUGGAUGUUUGCGCGGAUGCCGUUUCGGGGCAGCCUGCCUCCGGGGCCCACCGCGCGAAUGUUGUGGUGGCUUGCCGCUCGAUCGGUCGAUCAGUCGCUGCGCAGAGCCUGGGCGUCGUUCCAGAACGGAGCCCCGCCGUCGCGAUUGAGAUCUGGUGUGGUCCCCGACCUGCUGCAGGCACAUGGCGCGCUUCUGUGCAUCCCAGAGGCGUCGCCUGACGAUCAGAAGGGCAGUGGAGGCGGGAGCGACGGCCAGCCCACCCCCGCCGUGGCCGCCGCUGCCCACUCCCCCGCCAGGAAGCGCAAGGCCGACGGCCCGCUUCCACGGGGCUCGCGCAAGCCCCUGAAGCCGGCUUCGCCGGUGAAGAAGGGCGGGCCCCGCGGAGGCAGCCCCAAGCACAGGGGGGCGGACCGCGCCUACAAGAGGGCGGUUCGGCGGGCGCAGGGCGGCCCCAGCCUGGGCGCCCAGCCGGCUCCUCCGCAGGGCUCCGCGGGACUUCAGAUUUCGGCUCCGCAGGUCCCGGCUCCGCCGGCGCCUCCGAACCCCACGCCUGCGGCGGUCGGCACGGUGCCCACCACUGGACAAGUCGCCCACGCCCCCAAGGGCGGCAGCAGCUUCUGGGGCCGGGCCGUGGCUAGCCGCGCUGCGAAGGUCAGGUGCCAUGGCGGGAAGAUCGGCAAGCGCGGCAGCGGCGGCAGCGUUGCCCUCCGCGCCCCGCCCACUCACAAAGCGCGACAGAAGAUGCAGGACAAGCACAAGAGGCGCGCGGGGACGGGCAGGGGCGCGGCCAGGAAGAUCAUGACAAGCAGCGCUGAAGAGGUAACCGAUCGCACCGACCAGCCCAUCCUGAUCGCCUGA